AUGUCGUCUUCCUCUACUGAAAGCAACAGUUCGACGUCUGCGUCGCAAUUGUUGUCGUCACUUAUUCCCAACUUGAUCAUUUUCGCAGUGUUCAUUUUGGGCUUUGUUCUUCUUAGAAAGAAGCAAGCUCGUGUUUAUGAGCCUCGUUAUACGCUUGAAACGGUUCCCAAGGACUUGAAACCGGCAGAGAGCCCCAGUGGCUUGUUUGCGUGGGUGUCCAACUUGUUGAAAAGACCUCAACAGUAUCUUAUCCAGCAAACAGGGCCCGAUGGCUAUUUUUUCCUUCGGUUUUUGUUUGAGUUUGCUUUCAUUUGCUUGAUUGGUUGCUUCAUCACCUGGCCCAUUCUCUUCUCUGUCAAUGCCACCAACUCGAACCACAACAAGCAGUUGGAUAUGUUGGCCAUUGGUAAUGUCAAACUGAAACAGAGAUACUAUGCCCACAUCUUUGUGUCAUGGGUCCUCUUCGGUAUGGUCAUUUUCAUCAUCUACAGGGAGUUGGUGUACUACACCACCUUCAGACAUGCUUUGCAGACAACUCCACUUUACGACUCUUUGUUAUCUUCGCGGACUUUGCUUUUGACCGAGCUUCCCGAAUCGGCCAUGACUGAGGCGGACUUGAGAACUUUUUUCCCUACUGCCACCAACAUCUGGUAUGCCCGUGACUACCUGAAAUUGGAAAAAUUGCACAAGGAAAGAGCAAAACUCGCAAAGAAGUACGAGAAUGCUUUGACUUCCGUUUUAACCAAGGCGGUGAAGAUGCGUAACAAGUGCCAAAAGAAGAGCAAGCCUUUCCCCGAACCUUCUGACGACAUCAAUCUGUACUUGAAAAACGGAAAAAAGAGACCUACACACAGAUUAAAGUUCCUCAUUGGAAAGAAGGUGGACACUUUGGACUAUGGUGCAGAGAGAUUGGGCGAAUUGAACCUGGAAAUCAAAAAGGCGCAGGGUGAACACAAGACCAACUUGCAACUUCCUUCUGUUUUCAUUGAGUUUCCAUCUCAAUUGGAAUUGCAAAAGGCGUACCAGGCUAUCCCUUACAAUCCUGAACUCAAGAAAUGUGGCAGAAGAAGCGGUAUUGCGCCAGACGAUGUUGUGUGGGAAAAUCUUUCCUUGACUUCAACCAAGAGAAGAACCAAGAAGGUGCUUGCCAACACAGUUUUGACUGUGACGAUUAUUUUCUGGUCUAUCCCAGUUGCUGUGGUUGGUGCUAUUUCUAACAUCAAUUUCAUUACCGAAAAACUCAAGUUCCUUAAGUUUAUUAACAACAUGCCAUCAGCAUUGAUGGGUGUGAUCACCUCCCUUUUGCCUACCGUUGCGUUGGCCAUUUUGAUGUCAUUAGUGCCUCCUUUUAUCAAGAAGAUGGGUAAAGUUAGUGGAUGUCUCACAAUUCAAGAUGUUGAGAGAUACUGUCAGAACUGGUACUAUGCCUUCCAGGCCGUGAACUCGUUUUUGGUUGUGACUCUUGCUUCUGCUGCCAUCAGUUCGAUCCAGAGUAUUAUCGAUAAGCCGGACACUGCAUUGAAGUUGUUGGCUCAGAAGUUACCUAAAGCUUCCAACUUUUACAUUUCGUAUCUCUGUUUGUACGGAUUGAGUGUUUCGUCCGGAUUGCUUUUCCAAAUGACCGCUUUGAUUUUGGCUCAGUUCUUGGGCCGUAUCUUGGACAAGACCCCUAGAGCCAAGUGGAACCGUUACUCCUCUUUGGGACUGCCAUUCUUCUCGAUUCUUUACCCAGCUUACAUGUUGGUGAGUUUGAUUGCUCUUGCCUAUGCCAUCAUCGCACCAUUGAUUUUGGGUUUCGCUACCAUCACCUUCUUCUUGAUUUUCACUGCCUUCAUGUACAACUUCAUUUACGUGUUGCAACCCAACAAGACUGAUGCCCGUGGCCGCAACUACCCAUUGGCACUUUUCCAAUUGUUUACUGCGUUGUAUUUGGCCGAAGCUACGCUUGUGGCUAUGUUCGUGUUUGGUAAAAACUGGGCAUGUGUCGCGUUGGAAGGAUUCUGGAUCCUUGUUACUGCAGUAUCCCACGUUUACUUGAAGUGGAAAUUCUUGCCAUUGUUGGACACAGUUCCAAUUUCUGCGCUCAAGUACGCCUCGGGCGACCGUACUUUCCAGUAUCCAAUGUACGAUCAAGGCUUGAAGGAAAUCAAAACAGAGGGUCAAAACUACUGGGAAGGUGGAAACCAACUUGGCUUGGCAGACUCCGUUUUGGACCAAGCAUUGCCAGAUCCUAAGGAGUCUGUUUUGGAAGGAAAAGAAGAAGAAACGGAUUCCAACCCACGCAGUGGACUCGUUGCGGGUGAAGGGAAAGGCUCGUCUGACCAAUUCAUUGAAAAGCCUUCUGUGGGCUCGAUUGGAAGAUUUUUCAAGCCUAAGGAAAACACAUUUGACAUGGUUCGCAGCACGAUGCCGGCGCCAUACUUCAACUACAUUGAAUAUAAUCCUGAAUUCGUCAAGACAGCUUAUGAGGACCCAGCAGUGACAGAGGAUGAGCCUCACAUUUGGAUUCCAAAGGAUAAUUUGGGCUUAUCGGAAAUCGAGAAGCAAAAGGCGCUUGAAAACGGAGUGGACUGCACUGAUGCCGAUGCUGGUUUUGACGAAAAGGGACUGGUUCAAUACUACGGACCACCACCUGCUUAUGAAGAUCCUCUUAGAGUUUAA